AUGGUAAAAUUUAGGUCAACAAAUGAUUCAGGUUCAAGGCCGGAGGAGGUCACGCCGUUCCAAUUCCUGGUCCGCUACUUUAAAGAGCAGAUUUCUGGAACGGCAUCGAAGGCCCUCUGGUGGGAAUCCGCAUUUCACCCCUCAAGGAAAACCCUCACCCCAAAGGCGAAGGAGUGGAGGCCGAGUGAGCCAUCCUUGAAGAGCCAAAGCGGGAGCGAGGAAGAGAAAAAGAUGUCCACGGGCGGUGGAGGGCGGGCGCGCGAGAGCCCCGGGGGUUUUGGCGGUGAAAAGCUCAAAGAAUCGGAGGAGUGCUCUCGCUGCACGCGCUGGGGCUUGCAAGCUGCAGAGGUCAUGGACUCGGAGAGGUUCGAGUUGCUCAACGUUGCAGACUGGCGACCUAUGACCGGACUUAACCUCAUGGAUGACCUUUUCCCGCACGUCACAGGAGGUUUUCGAGGACGCACCAUCCCUGUGACCUCGGUUCAUUACCCUCCAUGGCAGAUUUUCGAGAAGGACAAUUCGGAUCGAGUCGUCGGGUAUUCGGGCCUCAUGUUCGAAGUUCUGAACGAGCUCGCUUCGAAACUCAACUUCACGUACGUCGUCCGGCCGCCUUCUGAUGGAAAAUGGGGGACGGUAGAAAACGGACAGUGGAAUGGUAUGGUGAAGAUGAUAAUGGACAAGGAGGUGAGUGAUAAACGAGGGAGAGGGAGAAAGGUGAUGAUAGGGAGAAGGGAAAUGGCGAUUAUUGGAAGAACCUGGAUCCUCAUCGCCAUCACCGUGCUGGUCAUGGGCCCCAUUCUCUUCCUCAUUAACCGGAAUUCCCCGUUCUACACCUACUACGAUCUCUAUGAUGGCAAAGGCCUUCUUCAGCGGAUCUCGGUAAAUUGAUCGUGGUAUGUCUUCGGGGCAAUCCUGCAGCAAGGCGGAACCAAACUCCCCCUCAGCAAUUCGGGUCGUCUCGUCGUGGGUUUCUGGUGGAUUUUCGUCCUUAUCGUCGUCACCACGUACUCCGGGAAUCUCGUGGCCUUCCUGACCUUCCCGAAGAUCGAAAACGCCGUCAGCAGCCUGGAUGACCUGCUGCGGGUCAAGGACUCGAUGACCUGGGGCUACAUCGGGGGCACUGUGCUCGAGGACUACUUUAAAGAUGCCAAGGAAAAGUUCGCGGAAAUCGGUGCCCUGGCGGAGGUCCACGAUGCCAAGUCGAGCCAGAAACUGUACAACAGAGUCCGCUCCUCGCCCCACGCUUUCCUCGAGUGGAAGACGAACCUGCUGUUUAUCAUGAAAGAUGAAUUCAAGGCGACGGACAGCUGCGAUUUCUCGUUUGAACGAUCGUGUUCUGUUAGCAAAGAAGAAUUCUACCACGAAAAUGUCGCAAUGGGAGUUCCGAGAGACAGUCCCUUCAUUGGAAGAUUUAACAAAGAGAUCAAGAAGAUGCAGAUCGGCGGCUUGAUCCAGAAGUGGAAGCAGGACUAUUGGCCCAAGAAGGAUAAGUGCUCCUCCACGGCCUACGGGGGGGGGGACGCCACCAGGACCGUGUCGCUCUCAGACAUGCAAGGCUCCUUCUUCCUGCUCUUCCUCGGCUUCGUGCUGGCGGCCGUCGUGAUUUCGUGCGAGUGUAUUUUCCGGAGGCAGAUCAAAAGCGGCCAAGGUUCGCCCACCAGCACUGGCACACUGGUCAAGCCGUUUAUGGCUUAGGGACCUCGAAUUCCUGCAAAAUAUGCUCACUUUUACGCCCGUGUCCCCGCCUGCCUCCCGCCGCCGCUCCACCAAGGCUUCUGUGUCUCGCCUGCCUAGAAAUGAAAUCUGAUUUUUGUUUUUU